GCCGCUAUUCCAUCCCUAGCUUAGCGUUUAUCAAGAAAUCAAAACAAAACGCGAGCAACAAUUGUGUAUAAAAUAAAAACUUUCUGCAGCCUCAUUGUUAUUCCGCACCUCGAAAUGCCAGACUCACCGCCGCCGGCCAGCAAUUGUGAGCAGGCUUUGAUCCAGCUGAAGAACUUUGGGUACGCCUUCGACGGAGACGGAGUCCUGCGCAAAAUCGAUCCCGCCACAGGAGAGCCCGGCACGGAGCAGUUUUCCUAUAACGUCAGCAACGAUGCCAACGAGAACGAGAAUCACUACCAGAAACUGGCCAACCAAAUCCCGGAAAUUGUCUACGCUCUGCUUGAGAAAAACGGCCUAAGUCGUACCUAUAUUCCAUUAAACAAGACACCAGAGCGUUCGUCCUUUAUCUACUCCCAGCCGGCAAAGCUGUCGCAGUCCAAGAAGUUGCUAGUCCUUAUCCAUGGCAGUGGACUUGUUAAGGCAGGCCAAUGGGCCAGAAGCUUAAUCAUAAACAACUCGCUGGACCACGGCUCUCAGCUGCCUUAUGUGCGUCAGGCGCAGAAGCUCGGAUACGAUCUGCUUAUCACCAAUACCAACGAUUGUACACGAUUCUACAAUGGAAAGGAUAAUUUAAUCGAGGGCGUUGAAACUCCACUAAAGCACACAAAGUAUGUGUGGAAAAACAUUGUGUUGCCCUCGAAACCGGAGAGUGUGGCUAUCGUGGCCCACAGCUACGGUGGCUGUCUGACAUUAGAUCUUGUUGAAAACUUUUUGGAUUUCUUUAAGGAAUCUGUUUUUGCGAUUGCCUUUACGGAUGCGGUCAUGGGUAGUCCACAGUCCAAAUACAGGGAUUACAUGUGUGAUGUAACCUGCGAUUGGGUCGCCAGCAAUACACCUUUGGACACACCCGUCUCACAGUCGAAGAAAAGCAUCCGAAGGGUUUCUGCUGGCCACACCAAACAUGAGUGGACCUCUUACUCGGCCAUCGAUUCCAUAUUCAAGUUCAUUGAGGAAAAGUAUGAGCAUCGCCAGAACAAGAAAUAACAGCCCCACAUCUACUUGUUAAAGAAUUUUCGUACUUUCCUUGUGUAGAAAAUAUCUCGGAGAUGUGAAUAUAAAUUAUAUUUUUACCGCCUGCGUCCAUCUGA